UUUCAGUUUCAUUUCAACAAAUUCACAUGACAUUGCAGUAUAACUAUUACGUUUUAUAAAUUUAAGUUAAAUAAAAUCGAAAUAAUGAAAGUACAAAUUACAAUAUGAUCCUUAGCUAUUAUGAGUCGGCCCGAUGUGGAUGAAGUGCUUAACUAUUUAUCCAUAAAGUUCAACAAAAUAUUUUGUGAUCGUGAUUUCGUCUGUUGUGUAAUUGAAGACUUCCAGAGGAUAUUUGACAACAAGACCAAAAUUUGUGUCCUCGUGUUUCCAACGUUGGGGCCAAUCUAUCUUAAAGCUCUUCGCUACCAAGCGAGGAUAUUUGAUUUAGCAGUCUUCAACCUCGCCUCACCUUCAGGCAAGUUCAAAUCAGUCGCAGUAUGCCACAAGGAUCACUUAAAAAAAACUAAAGAAGAAACCAUGGCAGAAUCGGGCUCUAAGCGAAAACGCCCCGAAAGGCAGCUGUAUGUACCUCCGGCACAAAGAGCAUCACGACUUUUAACCAAACAGUGCGAGAAAAAAGUGACGGAUAAAGUGCAAGACAAAAGUGUUAAAUGCCAAGAGAGUUUAAGUGAUUCGUGUUCUAGUGUUUUAAGUCUGAGUGAUUUUGUGAAUCUGGUUUAUUUUUUUAAUGCUCUGCCAUGUGAAUUCCGAAGCUUAUCCAAGAUCUGUAACCAGCAUCAUAAUUGUGAAUUUCGCAAGUUUUUGAAUUUUAAAAAAUACGACGCUGCGUUAAAAGCUGAGAAUUUUAUCAAAAUUUAUGAUAAUUUCGUGUUACUUGGUAAUGUGUGGUGGAGAUUAAGUGAAUUGCAGUGGUCUCAAUCUGACAGACAAUUUAAAUCAUAUCCAAUUUAUGAUUUGGACUAUCCUCAGAUUGCUGCUGAUAAACCACCAGCAGUUUUAGUAAAUCAUGACUUGAAUGAUUUUCAAAAAUUAGUCUCUCAGUCGGAUGAGCAUGAAAAUAGUUUGUAUAAAAUAGAGUGUGAUAUAGUUUGUGAUGAGUUAGAAAAUUGCCACAUAGUAGAUCUUUCAGUGAUAGAAUUAGGACAUUUGUUCAUCAUUUCGAUACAAGAUGGUGAAUACCUUCAUGAGUGCCAAGAAAAACAUGAUGCAACCACUUGUUGCAAAAACUUUAGAAACCAGUUAGAGAUUAGUGCGAAAUUAGAAAAAACUGUCAGUGCAAUACCGAUUGAAAAUGAGGCACAAAAAGUCGAAAUAGUAGAAACAAAAGCAACUGAAAAUGAAACGAACGGCACGAUAAACACAAAUGGAACGAACGAAACCCCGAAAACUAAUAAAGAAAUAGUAAAAAAUCAAAUAAAUAAAAAGAAAAAGAAAGUAUCGGAUAAUCAACACGAACAAGAGAAGGAGAUUAUGAGGAUGACGAAGGAAUACAUCAAUAGGAGAACGAGACCUAUAAUGAAAUAUGUGGAUGAUUCGAACGAUACGUUACGAAUCGAUAAAGACGACAGUGUGAAUAAUUGGGAAGAUCUGUUUGAUGAUAACGGAGAAAUUCAGGAAAAUUUAUUAACAGAAAUCGUGGAUAAGGUUGGAGAUGACAUAACAAUAGUGAAAGCGAGCGAAGACUACACCGCGUAUACAAAUAAGCCUCCAGAAGAUUUGGAACAUAUUGUUGAACUUUAUAAUUUUCCACCUACCUUAGAAACACACGAUUUAGUUCAAGCUUUUAGUAACAUCAAUAGUGAUGCUAUGUACAUAAAAUGGGUCGAUGAUACCCAUGCCCUACUAGUUUUAGGUUCAUUAACCCAAGCUCAAAAAGCUAUUAAUAUGAGAAAUCCACUCAUCAAAGUUCGUCCAAUGACAGCUGCAAGCGCCAUAUCAAUGGAUGUAGCAAAUAAGUCAGACUUAAAACCAGCCAUGAAACGUCCGCCAACUAACUUACAGACUGCUAGGAGAUUAAUUACUACACAUUUAGGUACAAAAAGCAAAAUAACGAAGGAACAGAUGGCGAAAGAAAAACAGGACUUAAAAAACGCGAGAGAAAUGAAGAGAUUGCUCAAACAAAACGAGAAGGAUGCCUGGGAAGGUAAUUUGCGAUCUUCAGUCAACUAAUCUUAUAAUUGUGAUUCGUGCCUUAUGAAUGUACCUAGAUUUAAUCAAUUUUUUGAUUUUAUUAUUGUGUGUAAAUUUAGUCAUUUUUAGCAAGUGUUGCUUGUGAAUUCAUUUUUGUGAAUUGUUUACAUGUUCUAGUUACCAGAUCAUAACAAACGAGUUUUAUAUACAUAUCUAUAUUUUUUACAGAUCAUUAUUUUAUACUAUUGUCUAUUUAUUAUGUAUAGCUUUAGCUGUCAUUUUUCUUGGAGAUAAUUUUAUUAUGAAUAUUAAUUGUUGUGACUUCCUAUGUACAAUGUAACAAAUGAUGUUUAGGAAGUGACCUUAAUAUUUUAUUUUUGUGAUAUUUAUAAAUUCGAUUUAUACAGAUACUAUCUAUACACGUUUGUCAACAUCUCAGGAGCAUAAUUUUUAUUAUGUAUUCUUUCAUAGUUGAAUAUAUUUUACUUAACGUGAGUGAAUAAAA